AUGGAACCGUCAUUAGAAGAAUCAUUUAAAAGAAUAUUAAAUAAUGAAAGAAUAUCAAAGCAGAUAUGGUUGAAUGUUCACAAGAUUCAAGUACACUUUGCAAGACUAGAUACAUUCAAACAGUCGUAUCCUCGAUCACACAUCUACAAAUACACAGACUAUCAAGAUUGUUUUGAUCUAAAAAUAUUGUCUGAUCGAUUUGGUUUAGAGUUGCUUGAUCCUUUAUUUGUCUUGCCAAACAACAAGACAGAUACUCAAACGACAACAUCAACAACAACCCUCCUUCCUCUACCACCAACCAACUAUCAUCUAAGAGGUGAACAAAUUACAAACUUGGUAUACGAGAAGCCAGAAUAUCUUGUGUACCAUCCUAGAGCUAUGAAUCCUCCAUCUAUGAUGGUGUAUCCUACCGAUCAAAAGAAGAAACUUGUAAUAUCUGCUUUAGAAUAUUUUAAAAACAAAACUAUUAUUAAAAAUAGAACCCUUGACAACAUUGACAUUACAACAAUAGAAUCAUUAUAUCAAAAAUUAAUUCAACAUUAUGAUAAUAAUAUUAAUAAUAAUAACUGUAAUAAUAAUAAUAAUAAUGAUAAUAUGUUUGAAUAUUUAACUUUGGUCAAUUUGUGUAAAUAUUUUGGUGAACAACCAACAACGACGAUUCCAGAUUUAAUCAAGUAUUACCCAGAUUCAUUGGAAUUGGUAGACGAGUUGAUAGAAUAUGAAUACAAUCAUUUCUCCAAAAGUCAUAUGUUUGAUCUGUUUUGUAAGUUUGGAACUUUGAAACAGGUAGAGUAUUACCACUCUAAAUUGGUUGCAGAAGACUCAAUCGAACCAAGGGCAUCUUACAAUGCAAUGGAUUGGGCUGCACAUAGACCUGAUCAUAAAGUAGGGCUUGAAAUCACUCGGUUCCUACAUUUGAAUCGUCAAGAACAAUGUACUCAACUUGCCAUACUCGACAACAAGAAUGCAGAUGUAGUCAUCUACCUCUUACAACAAAAGCCAUCACUUGCAAGAUACUAUAGUAUUCAAAGUGCCAUCAUGUCACUCGAUCUACCAUUAAUCAAAUUUAUAACCGAGUUUUAUAAAUCAGUCACCUUUGAAGCCCCACAUCGAAACAUCUACCCUCUCGUCAUAUCCCGUUAUUUAAUCGAUCGGAUAAUAUCAAAUCUCGGGCAAGAAUCAUUACUGGAUUUGAUAUCGUAUCUUUUCCAACACCAUAGAGAUGUUCUUUCAAUGUACCACUUAUUUUCAUCAGCAUGUUGUCACGGUCAACUUGGUAUUGUUCAAUUCCUACAUUCACAAUAUCCAGUCAAUGGAGAUACUAGUCGAGAAGACCUGACUUUCAAACGAGUCAGAACUACCAUUCUAGACGACGCCUUUCUAGUUGGUAUUGACGAUGACAUUGUAGAAUUCCUCAUUCACAAUCGAACAGAUGUCCAAUUUGGUGAAGAUUCAUGGUCAUUCAUCGGACAAUAUGGAACUGUAGAUCAGUUGAAAAUGGUUCAAGAUUGUGCAAUCUCGAGAGUCUCUGCCACUGAGGAGGUCCCGUUAUUAUACCAUACAACUACUAUGACACAGGCAAUCAGAUAUGGAAACAUAAAUAUUAUUCAAUAUUAUGCAACCAAUGAUCGUGAUUUGUAUGAUCAAGUGAUGCUUCCUCAUGUUGUUGUACACUCGUUACUUCAUGACCACCCAGAUAGAAUGAUAAAUUAUUAUCUCUCCAACCAUCAACAACAACUGUCUCAACCAAUUUUACAUUAUUUAUUCUACCAAUCAUUGGUACACCACCGAAUAGAUAUUGCAAAGACUGUUGCCAACCUACUGGAUAAACCAAACCUCUCACUAAACAUCAACGAGUUAAAUCACAUAUUCUCAUUGCCAGAGAAUCCGACAUUACUUUCAUUGCAAUACCUUUUACAACUUGGCUCAAUUAAACAGGAUCAACUUGACUCUCAUCCUUUUAUAAUUGCCAAUUAUGGUUCAAUCUCUCAACCAACCAUCACUUUAUUAAAAAAAUAUAAUAUCACUGUACCUCAACUUGUAAUUCAAAAAGAACAAGAAAAAGAAAAAGAAAAUGAAAAUGAAAAUAAUAAUAAUCAAAAUAAUAAUAAUAUAGAAAAUAAUGAUAAAAUUAGAUUAGUAUUUCAAAAUAGAUUUUUAUUUAAAAAGAUAUUAUCAUUUACACAUUUACCAAAUUUGGAUAGAUUGGAUUGGUCAAAGAUAAGAGAUGCAAGAGAUACAUACGAUAUGUCAAGGAAAUUUUUCCUUUUACUUUGUAAACAACAACCAGAGACCAUUACAAAUAUAGACAAUCAUUUCAUCUACCAAAUUGUUCAUAGCAACGACAAUGAAACACUUAAAAUCAUAUUGGAAAAACACCUCGACCGCUUUAACAUUUACCUUUUACUAGUAAAGCUAGUGAAUCUUGGAAACAUUAAAGGAUUGGGAAUAUUAAUGGAUAGUUUGACAAGCCAAAACAAACAAUUAACAAAGGCAAAGAAUCCUCCAUUGGAAUGGUACAGUGCAAGCUCUGAACGUGCCUGUUAUCUAUUGGUCAAACGAUGGAAGGCUUUUAACUUUUCAGAGAUACACUCGGCAAGUUAUUUGUGCAAAAAGUAUAAUCCCAUCACAGUAGACAUUGUGGAAAAGGAUUCAUUCAAAGAGUUGGGUCCAACCGAUAUCGACAAUAUCCUCACAUUCCUAAAAUACCGUCUUGCAUUGGAACAAGGAAAGACUGAUAGCGGUCUUUCAUCAUUCUCGCUUGAUGAUUUGGUAGUGAUGAUUCACAACCCUUUGUACCUAAAAACAAAGGGACAGCAUCCAGAGCUGACAUCAGGUAUCACUCAUUAUAGUAAUGAAUUGGAGGAUAUGGAUAUCAUGCGAUUCGUACACCAAAACAUUAAAGACAUUCGAUAUGUUCUUCCACCAUACCAAUCAAGGACCGAUUUUGUCUCUAAAAACAUAAAGAGUAUUCUUUAUAUUACCCACAACCAACUACCAUCAGAUGCUGGUGUAGACCACGAUCGAUUCAUCCAAGUUACACCAGACAUCAAUGAUCCACUCAACACUUAUCUCGAGUUGUACGGAUUCACACCCUACAUCAGUACCAUGCCAGUCAACCACUCUCACAUUAUACGAUCAGGCAAAAAAAUUAGCAAGACCAAACUCUAUUUCUAUGGAUUAAACUUGCAGUUGGAUUGGCGUGACAGUAACUAUGACACAUCUCAUUAUAUCUAUCACAAUGCCAAACGUGCAGCAUUUUUCUUCCAUUACAUGGGAAUGCCAAUUGAAGUUGUGCUACAUUUAUUCCUCUACACUGAGGUUUAUGACCUGGUUGUAUCUUACUUUUAUCCUAUCUACUUUGAUCAGGAAAAAGUAAAAAUUGACAAUCAUUCAAACAUCGACAUGUCAGAGACGGACAAACAAGUUGCUCUAGAAAAGAUAAUCUCUGUAAUCAGAGUUCCAAACAUUGACCUUGACUAUACCCUCACCCAUCAACUUAUGAGACAAAGUCUGCUGUCUAUCAACUGUUAUGUAACCAACCAAGAUGAUGAAGAAGAUAAUGAUGUAUAUGAAUUCGAGAAAUGGAACUUUUUGGGAGGAGAUUGGAAGAAAGACCAAGACUUUACUUCACCAAAAAAGAAUGGAUUUUGUUUGGAACAAUACAUCAUCUUGCUACUAGACACGAUCAAACUUGAGUGUCCAGCCUUGGUAGAUUUUGUCCUUUACGAAAAGGAUGAAACUUUGGUUGAACAACUUGACGAAAUUCGAAAAGCAAAGAUAUCAACAGUCAAAAAACAUAUAUUUGAUUUGUUGAGAUUGAUUAUUGAUGCUGGAACAAUGUCAAUGUUUGAAUCAAUUAAAAGUAAAUCAGACGACUAUGCAAAACUUGUUAUUCGAUUUUUGUCAGAGCAGGAUAUCAAUUUAAACGCCACAUUUAUAGAGUACAUUUGGUCGUUAAAGAGUCAAGAUGAUCAGAGAAAAGCUUUAGACACUGUAAACAGUGCAUCACCAGAUCAAUAUUUGGUUUUAAAGAAACUUUGGUUAAAGUCCUAUCCUGAUGGCAUCGACACUGAUGGCAAAAAAGUGGAUUUCUUUCCUAAAUUUAAACCAAGAUGUCUUAAUCUUCGUCUAAGUUAUAUUCUUUUACAAGAUAUAGAAACAUUACAUUUAAAUAAAUAA